AUGCUAGACACUGUGAAUGAGCAAAAUAUGGAGAGGGAAAGAAAGAAGAAAAGGAAAAGAUCAGAAUGUAAAGGUGAUUAAUAAUGAUAAUGAUAUCAAGCACUAUAAUUUUGAUUACAAUUUGUUAACAGAGCGAGUUAAAAAUCAAUGAUUAACGUGCUUUAAAUGUCUUCUUAAACUCGCAACUGCACCAUACAUUGAUCAACUUUGAUCAAAUGUUUUUAAUGCAUCAGGUCUUUCUUCCACAAUUCAUCAAUGUCAGUUGAUUUAUAAAGGGGAAGGCAAAACAUUCAUUAAUUAACAAUAGUUUGAAGACCUGCCCCCACUGAAACUGGAUAUUAAAAAACAUGUCUAUAUCCUCUUUAUUGCCUCAUCCAUUCUCUUUGUUAGACAAUAUGAAUGAACAGGGUAUGAGGAAAAAGAAGAAGAAGGACAAAACAAGCAGUGAGUAUUUUAGAAUAUUGACACACCCAUGGUACAUGGCAUUGUGUUUGACUUGUGACAACAAGUAGAGUUGACUUACAGUGUAUAAUGGGGGAGGCAAAACAUUAAUUAUAAAUCAAUGGUUAUGACCUGUCCCCCACUGACAUGACUUAAUUUGGUUCGCUCAAUUUCUCUAUCUUAGACACUAAGAAUGUACAAGGUCCAAGGAAGAUGAAGAAGAAGAAGGAGAAGAAAAGAAUUGGUAACUUAGACAUAGAGGAUAACAAACUAGACAAAGGUAUAGUAAUUAGCUUACUUAUUAUAUUAUACACACCAUCUGUCUUCUCAUUGGCUAAGAGUCUACAGCUAAUUUUGAAAAUAAGCUCAACCUACAUAUUAAUUAGUUGUCUGCUAAUAGAUUAGUGACAAAUCCAUAGGCUGCAUAUGCAAUGCAUGAGUACCAAUAACAAUAUCAAUUCAGGUUCUUUUUUUUCUUGACCGCUGCGAUUGAGCUAACAAGCCAAUUGGGAAUAAUGGGGAAGGGAAAGCAUUCAUCAGUAAUAAUAGUUUGAAGACCUGUCCCUCCACUGAAGUGAGUUGGACAGCUAGAUACUAAAUAACAUGUCAAAGACCUCUUUCUUGCCUCACCCUUUCUCUUUGUUAGACAAAAUGAAUGAACAAGAUAUAAGGAAGAAGAAAAAAAAGAAGGAGAAAAAAACCAGCAACUUGGACAUUGAGGAGAACAAACAAGAGAAAGGUAUAGUAGUCAGCGUACUUCUCUCCAGAGUACAUGUAAUUGUCCCAAAUAUCAUAGUUAGUAUUCCCAAGUUCUUACCUUCCCAAAUUCUUGAACUUGUUUUUUUUAGUAUUGCUAUAAAGAAAAAUUUAGAUAAGCUGGUCAUACUGGUAAUCCCCACGUUGCUUAAAACAUAAAAUAUUGUCUGUCUUGACUCUUAUUUUUUUAAAAAAGAAAUGUGGGGUCAUCACUUGUCCUUGUAGGAAAAAGGAGAUUAGAGCACAGCUCCUAGGUUUAACUCUAUGACAUAACAAAUGAUUCAUAGUUGUUUUAUUUUUUAUAUUUCUCCUGGACUUAACAGAGGAUGAGAAGCAGGUUAAAAGCAGAAGACAGAGGCGUAGGCAAAAAGAGAAAGAAAGAAAGAAGAAAACUCUCAUUGGAAGAUCAUAAUAAACUGUUCGUAACUGUUCGUAAGCCACUACAGGUGGUGAUUGUUGCACAAAAAACACCUUUUUUUAUACAGAUAAAGUUGCUUGAUGUUUUUGUAUAUUGAACAUGAGACAAAAUUUGCAGAUUUAUCAGGAUACUUUGUUGUUUAUGAAAAGUUUUUGUUGCUUAUUAUACAGUUAAAGGAAGCAUAAUUCAUAGUUAAUUUUUUCAUAGAUUGCAUUAUGCAUUUCUAAUGCAAGAAGUAAGAUGUCAUGCAACGUUCCUGGGAAUGCAUUACAAAAAACGUAUUAAAAGUGGUGUGCAGUGGUUGAUCCCUAUACCAGUGACCCUACCUUAUUUUCAGGCCAAUGAAUGGUAUCCCUCGAGAAUGUGACCCUUUUGUUUUCAAGCAAGCCCACUCGUUUCCACAAAAAUAAUUAUGCCUCUGCUUGCAAGAUGGGCCCCCUCAAAAAUGAACAGGCUCCCCGUCAACCUGAUCCACCAUUGCAUUACUCAUGUCAUAAUUAUAAACAGAAAACUUAUACCUGCAGUAGAAUACUAAACACUUGGAAAAGUAACAAUAAGCUGGCCUUUUUGAAGAAACAAAACAAGGAAAAAAAAUAUACUAAAUACUAAGUUUUAAGCUUUAAGCAUUUAAGCUUAAAGUAAAAAAUAAACAUCUCUUGAAAUCAACUGCAUCAAGAUACGCACUUAAAAGGUGAAAUUGUCCUAUAAAUUGGAUUCUCCAUUAGGUAGUUUCCAAACCUCGAAACAGAAUAAGCUUAAGUUUAUGAAUUAACUCGACUACAUUGAACCUUAAGCUUACUCUUUGAUAUUCUUGCUGAAUAAUUGUACAUACCCUAAAAGACAAUCAUAUGAAUAAAAUCGAUUGAUCUUCUCAGUUCUUGUCGCGAGUUAAUUAAUGAAAGUAAAAGUACACUUACGUAAGCCAGCAAAAUCUCUCCGUUUUCCCCCAAACAUUGCAUAAACAUAAGGACGCGACGUGUUGCCACCUCUUCUUCUCACAACCUCUUCCCGAGCCGCGCGAGCCGCGCACAUGUGAAAACGAAAACACCCUGGGGACCAGCUUACGGGUUCAACGGUGGUGGUUGUGGCGUUCAGCGGUUUUAGUAAAAACAAGGGUUGGGGUGCUCAGUCUCGCGGGCUCAUAAGGAUUUUUGACUUUUUCUCAGCCGAUCAACAGACUAAUAUCCCGAGGGUCUUUUGUGCUCGGAAAUUCACGACUUGCUCAUUUUUGGGGUGGGUGUAUGCCGGCCGGGGCUCCAAAUUGGCACCCCGUUCUAGAAAUGGGCCAAUUUUUUAUACCCCGUUCUAGAAUUCGCCCUAAAACUGAUACCCCGUUCUAGAAAUGGGCCAAUUUUUUAUACUCUGUUCUAAGGUGCAACAAGAGUACAACGGUUUGCUUGUUAACGCAUUGAACCGUAUUUUUAAAAGCAAUCUGUCCUUGAACAAUCUCAAAUGGCUGCUUACAAAAGUAGAGCUUUCGUGCGUUCGAAAUAUUAUACCCCGUUCUAUCUAGAAGACGCCUCUAAAAUGGAUACCCCUUUGUAAAUCAAGAACUUCAAAAUCACGACCCCUUUGGGCGGCAUAUACCCGUAUAGGUACUGUAUGGGUUUACCCCCCCCCCCCGGGAGUGGUCACAACCAGGGCGGAUAAAGGUUGUAUAACCAGAGCUGCCCUGGUUACAACUAAUGACGACUGAGAUCGCUAAGCAGCCGCAUUUGCCCUAAUUGGCUUAAAUUUAUGGAAAUGGGAAUGCGAAUAAAGAUAGGGAAGUGGACAUGAUCCUCAUAGGGAGUGAAGCGCUUACAAAACAAGAAAAAUCCGUAUAAUGCUAUUAACUUUGAGGCUUGACCGGGAAUCGAACCUAUUAUACACUAUAUUUGGUUUGGUUUCAGCUCACGAAAACCUUCAUGAAACUGACCCGCGUUUUGAAGUCAGGCUAACAAACGACUGGUUUGUGUUUGUCUUCGUGGUUGAACUCGCGUGAUCCGAAAAGACGACUCAGUUUCUGACUUUAUCUCUUUUGACUCUAAGUUCUUUUGCAGCCGAAAUAAUUUUUAGCUGUUACAAAGUAUGACUGGAUCUUAACUUCUCCUUUCAUAGAACCAAAGUAGGCCUUAAGGGAUACCCCAUCCCUAUACCACAACACCUUAUCAAAAUCUUGGCGAGUCCGCUAAGGAAAAAAAACAUGGCUUGCAUACGUAUACGUAUAUGUACAUAUAUGCAUAGGUCGCACAUGUGGACUGCGGCGGCGCUGAAAGCUGAGAGUUGGCACGCGCCAGAGUACGAGAAACCCGAAAAACGUGUCAACUGGAGAAACAUAUCAACGACUGAGUAUUGCUGGUUUGCACGUGACGUCACAGCAUUCAUAUUGGCGGUGUGUUUGGGCAUUUCUCUCAUCUGGAAACUAAACCUUAUUUUCAUGUAAAUUUUUCGAGAAAAAAAUUAUAUUGUAUUGACCACCAACACACCACCGACAUGGCAACCUUGCAAUUGGUAUCAUAAUUUUUCAGAAAAUCGCUCUUCACUAUUCAUACCAUACCCGUUCUCAAAGCAAAACAUAUACCACAUAGUAACUAAAGAAAAAAAGCAUUUCAAGUCGUUACCUCAUAUAUCAAUAUUUUAUUUAUUCAUCUCGUUAUUUUUAUCGCCUCCUCUUGACGCUGAAGUGUUAAGUAGCGGUCUUCAUUAUGGUAAUUAUGAUGGUGUGAAAACGCUGUGGGUAAUCUACAAGCUAAAGGGCCUCCUGGGAAUAUCAAUUGUUUCUAAUUCAAAUACGCAACUGAUACUCCUAACAGAAGUAUAUUGCGCUCUCUAACAAAGGUCAAAUACUCCUUAUUUGCCUUGCAACCGUAGCUAUUUCAACCUUAAAACGCGGAGCAAACUCCUCGCUGAGAAGAAAAUGGAACACAUAACGCCAGUUCAAGAAACUCCUCCUGACUUUCAGUGUCAAAUUUGGUAAGAAAUGAGAGUUGAGUUGUGUCAAAGAUAAUUGUCAAACCCCACAAUUGAAAAUAUAUUUCUAUUUUAUGUUUGCAGUCACCAACUCAUGAUUUUCCCCGCGAUUAUUCCAGAAUGUGGCCAUACGUACUGCAGAGAUUGCCUAGUACGAGUACAAAAUCAAGGGGCUGCAAAACACUGCCCAAGUUGUCGUACGCCAAUAUCUAGUGAACUGAAAACCAACUUCACCGUCAAGAAGCUCGUGGAGAAUUUAGAAGCAAAAUGUGACCUCUGUCAAUUGGAAGGUAAAAUUGAACAACUCGCGAAUCAUAAAUGCCCGGAGGAGGAGAUUAAAUGUGAAAACGGUCAAUGCAGUACCAAAGUGAAGAGAAAAGACCAGGAAAGACACGCGGAAGAAUGCAUUUUCAAAGUGGUUUUCUGCGAGAGGUGUCAUCGAAGCACCACAGUGGCAAACUUAGAAAUCCACCGCGAGGAGACAUGUCCGGAAGGUGAAACUAACUGUCCACUUAAGUGUACGAAGCGUCCAAAAAGGUAUGUUUGAUUUUACAAAUCUCAACAGUAUCACAUUGAGUUUCAUUCGUUAAUAAGGCAGCCAGUGGUCUCGCCACGUGGUGAGUUCGCCCCAACUAGUUUGAACCAUAAGAAAUCAUGCUCAAUCAUAGUAGCUCCGUGAUAACCGGAAUUAGCCUCGGAAAAUUUUUAGAACUAAAUCCACGAUCCAUCAGCGAUUAUGAUUUUAACUACCGUACUCGGAGACCCCGUACUCUCUUUGUACCAAAGCUUGCUACGAAGUAAUCUGUGAUUCAACUGAAGCACUUGACAUACUUUGCCAACCCUUUUGUGCCGUGGGGUGUGGUAGUGUUCAGUUUUUUUGAAAAAGGCUAAUAUUGACCCAUUUUGACUUACUUUUACUUCACUCUUUGAUUACGAUAACAACUUAAUAAGCAACUUGUUUACACGCAGUUUUUGUCGCAACACCAACUGCAGUUGUGAUAAAGGCUGACGAGUCCUCAGCUUCUACGUUUGCAGGAUUAGGAUCAACUUUCGCGGCUGAGUGAAAAUGACUAGCCUCAGUUACGUUGUAAUAAGAAUGAUAUGCCUGACUUCAGGUCGAGAGCGGUGCUAUGAUCAAAACCGGGUGAUCAUGUGUAGAUCUCCUUGAAGUCUGCUGCCAAUCUUUAUUAAGCUUCAAAGUGGAAUUUUUAAGGAUAGAAAUUUCUUACGAUUGCGGUGUCAUAUCCAACUAGGACGAAAAAGUCCUGUAGAAAGCUUUACUUUUAUUAAGCUGCAAUCGGUAGCUGGUUGAGAAUAUGCGUGUUCAGUGCAAAAGGCCGCGGCAUAGUUGAAAGUACGGAACCAAGCUUUUCGCGGCGCGGUGUAGGCGAAAUGGCACUGACCUAUUCUGGGCCGCAUUGAAAGUGUGCCAUGGUUACGCUCUAACGCUUUCCUUAGCUAUGACUACUGGACGGGUUUAUGAUAAAGCUAUUGACAAGAGUUCACCGAGAUAUAUAGCUAGUGCCGUAAAUUAAGCUUGAGUUCGUUCACUAGGCCGGGUUAACUCACUGAUAUUAUAACAAUCUAUACUCUUUCGUAGGAGAGAACUACAACUUCACCUUAGCGAGUGCCGCCAAAGGCAAAGAGAAUGCAACAUUGUGGGCUGCAAGUUCUGGGGGAGCAGCCGCAGCUUAGCCGAACACAACAAGGAUGAAGCGGAAAGACACGUGUCUCUUUUACUCAUAGAGAACCGAAAACUUCAAGAAGCUCUUCUCGGUGCCGUAAGUAAAAUGUUAUACUAUGGGUGUCUCGAUAUUCAAUUGAAUAUUACAAUAUUUUGUGUGCCAAAUAUCUUCUAACGUACUGUUUGGAGUGCUUUAAGACUCCACACACUGAAUAAAAGCUAAUAACAGACAAGCGAUUUCGCAGUUGUCCAAUCAAUUUGCUAUUAUUCCGAAAAUAACGGUCACUAGAUCAAACAGUAUCACACCCAACUGAGAUCGAUUGGUGGAACGCCAUGUAUAAAUAAAUGCUCUUAUUUUACUAAAAGCAAAGUAUAAGCAUCUCGAGAAAACACUGACAUGAUUUAACUGAGCAAUAGGACCCCGCCUUGUAAUACGUUUUUUUUUUUCACAGAAGAAAGACGCGUUGAAAACUCGCACUGUAGAGAGCAUCACCAGUUUUUACUGGACUGUGAACUCUUUCAGACAAAGAACUAGGGUAAUAAUGGCAGCUACAGAUGAUGCUCCCUUGAUAAGCCCAGAGUUUCAAUGGGAUACAAGGGACUGGCGGAUGUUUUUGUACAUUCAAGCAACCGAGUGCAAGCUUUACCUACAACUGAUGCAUGCAAUGUCCCCAACAAGAAUCGCUAUACGGUAAGAAUAACUUCUAGCACAUGUAAGCAAAUUAAGAUAAGAUAAAAAGGAUCAAAGAUUAUCGUGGAAGUUACUUUGAAGAAAAGAGGCCCUAACCGUUCUAGUAAAAAUAAGAGAAACAAACCCAAAAAGGACGUCCGUGACACAGACCUCUAGAAGCAAUAAAGUAGUGUUUCUAACACGGUGACGGACAGUAAGGAUAAUUUUGAUUCAUCUAAAAAGCAAGAAUCUAAAAUGGAAUGUUCUUUUCCUCCCAAGUCGAACAAACGCGAUAUCGCAGGUGUAUCCUGGACGUCAGCCAGAUCAGCGAAAUAAAUUUUGAUAUCUAUUUUUUUCAGAUUCUUGAUAUGUGGCGAUGACGACAAGAUCUUCACUUUGGAAGACGAAGUAAUGGCGGAAGGGCAAAUGCUUGGAACAACAGUGCCCUUCAGCCUCUUGGAAAAGAAAGUAGAAGAAACGGGAGGGUUUUUACACGUAAAAAUUUUUAUAGAGAAAAUCAACCGCACUUUUUAA